CUAAUUUGCCCUAAAACCCUCGAACACGUCCCUCUCCUUUCAUUUUCUGCUGCGGAGCUUCAAGAAUGGUGUGGUUCCAGUGCGAGGAUUGCGGAGAGAACCUCAAGAAACCCAAAUUGCCCAAUCACUUCAGGGUGUGCUCCGCCUUCAAGUUGUCCUGCAUCGACUGCGGAGAGACGUUCAGCCAGCAGAGCGUGCAAGGCCACACCCAGUGCAUCACCGAAGCGGAGAAAUAUGGUCCUAAGGGUCAAGGAAAGGUUUCGAAUGGCAUGCCUGCUAAGCCCAACAAAGAUGCGAAGCAACAACCUGAUUUUGACAUAACAGUCGGGUUGACUAAACGACCUCCAUGGCUUUGCAGUCUUUGCAACACAAAGGCCACUAGUGAACAGACCCUGCUCCUACAUGCUGAAGGGAAGAAGCACAAGGCAAAAGCACGAGCUUUCCAUGCUUCAAAGCAACAACCUCAACAAAAACAGGAGUCUACUUCACUUGCAACACUUCCUCCUGAGGAUGAUUCAAAAAGUAGAGUAGUUCACAGUGAACACGCAGAAGAACAAAAGGUUAAGAGUAUUUCCGCAAGCAACAAUGCACACAGCAAUUCCAAGGUAGAAAAUGGAAACUCACAGUCAAAUAAAAAAAGAAAACAUGAUGGAUCUGAAAAAUUUGACCGUAAGAAGACAACUAGGCAUGAUAAUCUCAAUGACGUGGGAGAUGGGGAAGUCAUCCAGGCUGACAAAACAGAAAUGAAGAAAAGCAAGCAGGUCGCGACUGCCAGAGAAAACCCUGAGGAUGGUUGUCAUCCAAAUGAAGAUGCCAGGAAGAAAAUAAAGUGGAAGAAGUUGAUUAAAACCACUUUGAAAUCUAACCCAGAUGGAAAGAUGAAGAUAAAAAAACUGAAGAAACUUGUCAUUGAGGCUAUCAAGCAUUCUGGCAUUACUGAAGAUGAGAACCAGCUCAGCGAGAAACUUGAACGGAAGAUAAACUCUAGUUCAAGGUUCGCUGUGGACAGCAAGUAUGUUCGUUUAGUUGCUUCAGAUUGAAAUAGUUGGGGCUGGCUAGUAAAAAUUUUCGUAUGCGACCACAUAGCUGCGGACUUGUUCGUUUAGUGCAUUCUUUGGGGAUCUAUCAGAACAACGUUUUUGGGCUUUUUUUGGUACGGAGGUGUGCCUUGAGGCAGAGGAUUUUGCCUUUUUUGGGCUUUUGUUUUGUUCGAAGUUGUGCCUGCAGGUAGAGGAUUUUGCUCUGUACCCCAUAUUUGGGUCGGAAAUUUCGAAGAGGGAGUAUUUCCAGAGAAAGAUCGAGACAAAUAGAUAUGAGGUUGUUUUGACUACUUGGCUCGGUCUUUAAUAUAUGUAAUUCAUCAUGAACCCCUUCAGUACUGAACCAGUCUUUCUUGGCACUUCU